CGUGUGUGUAUUUCUGUGUGUGUGUGUGUUCGUGUGUGUAUUUCUGUGUGUGUGUGUGGCCCCACCCUGUGUGUGUGUGUUGCACUCCGCUCUCCGGUUCUCCUUCCGGUGUGUGGAUCAGUGUGUUGCUCUGUCCGGAGCUUCUGACUUGCUGUGGGUUCGAACAUUUGACCCACAGAGCUCCGGACCGAGCGGCACGCUGCCGCACCGGCUCCCGGGUUUGAACGGCGCGCAUGCGCAGUGGGCGGCGCAGAGUUUGAGGAAACUGAAGUUUGUUCCGUGAAAGUUCGAGAGCGGCUGAAGACUGAGGUCCACGGUUCUGGUUCUGGUUCUGGCUCUGGUUCUGCGUUGACCAGCUUGUGGCCCCGCCCCCUGCCAGUGGGCGGAGCCGGUCGUCAUGGCGCCCGGCCCUCCUCUGACCUACCUGGACCGGGUCGUCAUGGAGAUCAUCGAGACCGAGCGCACGUACGUCCGAGACCUGCGCAUGAUCGUGGAGGACUACCUGGCUCACAUCAUAGAGACGUCAGAGUUGUGUCUCCGUCCAGACCAGGUCUGCGCUCUGUUUGGAAACAUUGAGGACAUCUACGAGUUCAACAGCGAGCUGCUCCAGGCGCUGGACCUGUGUGACCACGACCCGGUGGCGGUGGCUCGCUGCUUCGUCCUCAAGAGUGAAUACUUUGAGAUCUACACCCAGUACUGCACCAACUACCCCAAUUCGGUAGCGGCUCUGACGGAGUGCAUGCGGGACGCCUCCCUGGCGCAGUUCUUCCGGUCCCGCCAGGUGGCGCUGCAGCGCUCGCUGCCUCUGGGCUCCGAACUGCUCAAACCGGUCCAGAGGAUCCUCAAGUACCACCUGCUGCUCCAGGAGAUCGCGAAGCACUUCGACCCGCAGGAGGAGGGCUUCGAGGUUCUGGAGGAGGCGAUCUACAGCAUGACGGGCGUGGCCUGGUACAUCAACGACAUGAAGCGGCGCCACGAGCACGCCGUGCGGGUCCAGGUCAGGACCAGAACCACACCCAGAACCACACCCAGAUCCACACCCAGAUCCACACCCAGAUCCACACCCAGAACCACACCCAGAACACACACCACACCCAGAACCACACCCAGAACCACAGUCAUGACCACAGUCAUGACCACAGCCAGAUCCAGAAGUCAGAUAGACGUCUCCACACUGAACAGUAGAAACCAGGUGUGA